AUGCCUCCAUCUACACCGCGUUUGCGGAUUUUAUCAGUCGGCGGCAAUGCGGUUUCCGCGUUCCUGUCAUGGCGCCUUUCUGCUACCCAAGCCUGCGACGUGACUUUGGUCUGGAAGAAUGGGUUUGACAUGGUGAGGCAGUACGGCGUGUCAUUCAAGUCUGACAAGUUUGGAAAUGAACGAUUUAAACCACGGCAUGUGGUGCCAUCUCCCGAAGACGCUGCCGGCGUUUCGCGCGCCUCCUACGACUAUGUCAUUCUCUGCGUCAAGGCCUUGCCGGAUAUCUACGACCUUGCUUCCAUCAUCGAAUCAGUUGUUGCCCCACAGCAUACCUGCAUCCUCGUCAACACGACCCAUACAUUUGGUGUUGAGUCAUACUUGGAGCAGCGCUUUCCAACCAAUGUCGUUCUUUCUCUAAUCUCAUGUGUGGAGAUCUCGCAGCUCGGUGCUAGCGAGUUCGAGCACAAAGGCGCCUCUGACCUCUGGGUUGGCGCCGCAAACAAGAACCCAGCCAUUCCCGCAUCCAUCCAGAACGACAUGGCGGAAGCGCUGUCGAUGACGCUCAGAUCUGGAGACGUCAACUGCGUGGUUUCACCUAACAUCAAACAAUUGCAAUACGAGCGAAUGAUCGGGUAUGUACCAAUCGCGUUUCACCCCACCAGUGUGAUCUUCGAAACAUCUUCGCACGCCGAGCUUCUCGAGAAGACUGGCGCGCGGGCGCUCAUCAAGGGCAUCAUCGACGAACUGCUUGCCAUUGCAAAAGCACAAGGAUGUCAGCUUCCAACAGGGUUUGCAGAAAAGACGAUGGAGCAAAUGAUAGCACCCGCGACCGCAAACAGUGUCAUGUAUCAGGAUUUCCUGAGCCGAAGGCCUAUGGAAGUGGAAACGUAUCUCGGCUCGCCGGUGAAGGUUGCGCAGGAGCUUGGUGUAUCUUCACCGCGCCUCGAAACACUAUACGCAUUACUACACAAUGUGAACACCCUGAAUCAAUCAAGGCCUCAGCAGUCGGUACCUGCGCCGGCUCCUCCACCACACCACACUGGCGUCCGAAUGUCAUCAUUGCCGGCUAUGUCAAAAGGCGCGCCAUACAUGAAUGGGAACGGCGGGCCGCCACCUCAGGCACGAGGAAGCCGGCCGAGCAGCCGCGCUCCCUCAUUGGCAGGUGGGCCUCCUCCUCCUGGACGACGAGGACCACCCCCGAUGAACGGAGGGUAUCCUGGUCCGCGUAUGAAUGGUCACGGACAUCCUAAUCGAGGACCGCAUCAACAGAUGUCGAGACGGGGCUCGUUCGAAGGGAACGAUCUGGAGGAGUUCAGCCAUCUUGUGCUCUACAACAAUCUCGCAGACGAUUACGAUGGCGUGAACGCGUCAUCUGGUGACCUCGCACUGAGAGAACGCGAGAUCGCCUUGCGUCAGAAGGAGCUCGCACUCCGAGAACGAGAGCUGAACAUCAGACAAUCAAGAGGCGGGAGACCAUCUAUGCCUCGCGGCGGUGGAGGCUAUGAUGACGAUGAUGAGGACGGAGAGGACUUCUUUGAUCCCAUGACGGUUCCUCACGUCAGCGCUGCAGAUGCCGAUAACCUUGACAUGAUGAGUGUCACCUCGAGGCGGACCAGGAAGAUGCCCAGCAGUGGCCAACUUCGCGGCAACCCAGAGAUGAUGGGCGGGCCCGGUUACAAAUCUCGUAACCCAGCAAGACGGCCUCCCGUGAAGAAUCGCACAAGCGCAACCAUCAUAAAUGAGAUUCCGAAUCUGCGCGAAGAGCUGAUGAAUAACCCACUGGUGGGAUACUCAUCAGAUCGCUACGCUAACGUGGACCGGAUGAAUAUGGGACAGGAAUCUCGAACCAAUUCACUCACUGCUGAGCGACUCAGUGAGCUACAACAUAACGGCACGCCAGGCAACUUCGGCCCUGGCGGAUAUCCAGCGAAUCGUCGCGGGAGUCAUUCGCCCGGAAAUCCCCUGGGCAUGAAUGGACGCCCACCAUCUCAGCGUCCAUCGCCGCCGAACGGCUAUCCACCAGGGCCCAACGGCAGACCGAGCCCGCCAGGAGGCCUCAGGCAACCAAUGCCUCGUCACAUGUCGGGUCCAGCGAACAUUGGUCCCGCGCAUCAGAUCGAGCAACACAAUGGGGUGAGCAACUUGUACCCGCCCAAAAGCGGACCGCCUCCGCAAGUACGCAGUCUGACAGGUUCUGCAAGCGCUAGCGCGGGGAGUGGUGAUAGCAACCGAUCCGCACGACUCGACUCUGAGCCAUCUGCGCAUAGCUCAAGCAGCAGUCUAGGCCCACGACCACCGAUUCCCGUUCGCUAG